AUGUGUUCACUACAUAAAUCACUUCCUUAUCUUUCAAGUGUCUAUACCACCCUCGUAGAUUCACAGCAAUAUAAGGUUACAGUGACUGGCAACGUUGACGCAGAGAUUCUUAUUAAAAAGCUCUUGAGAUCAGGAAAACUCGCCGAGCUCUGGCCACAAAUGCCUGAAACGAAGAAGGAGAAAAAACCCGAAAAGCCCAAGAAGAAUGACAAACAAAAGAAAGCUAAAGAUGGUCAGGAAAUUCGUGGGGAUGAUGAUGAUAAACAGGAUACACCUGAAAAAGCCAUUUCCAGUGACAAGCCACAAGAAGGUGCUGACAUAAACGGUGGUGAAAGCAAGGAGGAAACUGUUGCUGGUGGAGGUGGUGGUAGUGGUGGCAAGAAGAAGAAGAAGAAGAAAGGACAAACGGGUAAUGGCGGUUUGACCUCUUCGGAACUGAAUCUUUUGAGAUUGCUGAUGAGCUUGAGAUACCAAAGUACUACUUUGUAG